AGGCAUACAUUCUUCACAAGCACUCCUUUUCAUCAUAUUUUGCCUAGAGCCUAAGCCUAAUUAUAGGGUUUUUCUUUGAAAGAUCAAAGAUUGUUGGAGGCUGCAAUGAUGGGAGAUGCUGUAGCAUUAGAUGAUUUGUUAAAAGAGGAUCCACUUGUUCUCUGGAGAGUGUCUUUGUCAUCUAGAGCAGAAACAUCACUUCAUGUUGCUUCACUUGCCGGGCAUGUUGAUUUUGUGAGAAAGAUCGUAGAGCUGGUGCCUUCAUUUGCGCAAGAGCCUAACAAAGAUGGUUUUGCCCCAAUUCACCUGGCGACAGGUGCAGGGCACUUAGAAGUGGUGAGGGAGCUUUUGAACAAGGGGGAUUCCGACCUGUGUUUGUUGAAGGACAAAGCAGGGAGAACGCCACUCCACCAUGCAGCCAUGAAAGGGAGGAUCCAUAUUAUAGAUGAGUUGCUAUCAAAGUGUCCUCAUCAAAAAGCCAUGGAGCAAGUGACUUCCAACGGUGAAACUGUUUUACACUUGGCAGUAAAGAACAGUCAAUUUGGAACAUUCAAAGUCCUGUUUGAAAUAUCAAAAAAGCUAGAGGAUCAUGAGGGGCGAGUAAAUGCAAAAGAUAAGGAAGGUAAAACAGUCUUUGAGAUUGCAAAUACAAAUGCAACAAAUCAUGUUCAGGUAUCAAUAUCAUUAAUUUACCGCAGUUCUCUUUGUUAAUUCAGUUAUUAAUUUCUUCAGUGCAAUUAAUUUCCAUUUUUUGGAUAUUGCCAUGCAUAUUGAAUUCAAAGAAUGAUCGGAGUAAAUUAAUGAAUUGUGG